ACACGGUCGUCGGAUUAAUCGGAUUUAGGGAUUUGCAUCAAUGUGGAGGCCAAAUGAGUGCCGAGCAAGAAGAUGAGCGUAAAAUCAAGUUCCACGCGAUGGACAGCAGCGUGGACGACUUCAUGAUCAGACGGCCGCCGCUGCGCAGGUGGCUGACGGACGAUUUUCGUCCUCGCAGGAGGCGCGACGAGCCGAGCAGCAGGCCAAUGCGUCCGGUCACCCUGGGCACCUUUCUGCGCGUCGAGCUUACGCGGGACUACCUGCUGGAGCAGGAUGAGGACCGCUUCACCGCCAAGAGAGAGAAAAUAUACUCAUUUUUCAAGAUUCCCCGCGAAGUGGAGAAAUUCAUGGCUUACGGCUUUUUUCAAUGUGCGGACAGCUUCAUGUUUGUCUUCACCUUUCUGCCCUUGCGCUUUGCCAUGGCCCUUUGGGCCAUCCUCGUGAGGCCUUUUCAGCACUGCUUCGGACAGCUGGGACUGCUCAAGCCUGCAGAAGUUUGCGACGCUUUAAAGGGAAUUAUUCUGCUGGUUUGCUGCCUGGCAAUGAGUUACAUCGACACAUCAAUGAUGUACCACCUGAUCAAGUCGCAGUCGAUCAUCAAACUGUACAUCUUCUACAACAUGCUAGAAGUGGGAGACAGACUGUUCAGUGCCUUUGGACAGGACACCAUUGACGCCCUGCUGUGGACAGCGACAGAGCCAAGAGGCAGGAAACGAGAGCACUUUGGCUUGGUGCCUCACCUCCUCUUCGCCGUCAUUUAUGUCUUUUUGCACAGCCUGCUCGUACUGUUCCAGGCGACCACAUUAAAUGUGGCGAUCAACUCGAGCAACAAGGCACUUCUCACGAUUAUGAUGUCGAACAAUUUUGUCGAACUCAAGGGCAGCGUUUUCAAAAAGUUCGACAAGAACAACCUUUUCCAGGUUGCUUGCAGCGAUGUGAGGGAGCGGUUCCACUUAUUCGUGCUGCUGUUCAUCGUAGUUCUGCAGACAAUGAAGGAGUACUCUUGGCGAGAGGAGCGCUUCUGGGUUUUACUUCCAGACUGCAUGGUGGUCCUGAUUGCGGAGGUUUUCGUCGACUGGGUCAAACACGCGUUCAUCACGCGAUUUAAUGAGUUGCCCGUGGACGUGUACCGCGACUACACGACCAGUUUGGCGUACGACACGGCGCAGACGAGGCAGAGGCACGCCAUGUCGGACCACUCGGACCUGGUGGCUCGGCGCAUGGGUUUCAUCCCGCUGCCCCUGGGCGUCGUCAUGGUCAGGGUGUUGAUGCAGGCGGUGCACGUCAACUCGCCCGCGGCAGUCAUCCUGCUCAUUCUGGCCUACAUUUGUCUCGCCUCUUUCCGGAUUCUCAACAGCCUCAUUAUUCUGGGCAAAGCCUGCGAUUUGAUGACCACCUUCGAGAGCCAGCAGACGUCGCCCGAGAAGCCAUUAACGCCGUGCGCGUCUCCGAUUCUGGACCACUCGGGCCCCGCCAUUCUCACAAACAGCAACGUGACCCUCGCCAGUCUGGGCAAUUUGAACGAGUCGCUGCUGCUGGAGGCGCGCCCGCUCAGCGAGGACGAGUCUCAGGAAACGCCGCCAGAGUCUGAGAACGAGGACGAAGAGGACUUGGUCGCCGGCGGCGGCUCUUUCUUUCACCAAAGGACCCGUUCGGAGCCAUCGAUCUCACUUUCCGACCGAGAGCAGAUUUCGGCUGACCCAGGACUGGAUUAAGUUUGCUAGUCUCAACUGUUCAGCACUUUAAUUAUUCCUAAAUUUUGUUGUGAUUGAAGCCGGAUCAAGCUCUAUGAGUGAGCAGCACUGAGUUGUAUUCUUGUAGCUUGUAAUUUUUUACUUUGCCAAAUAGAUUAAAAGAUUAAAAUAAAGGUAUGAUAUUUUUGCAAUGCACAAAA